AUGUCCCACAUUAUUUCCCACCUCACGACCCGUCUGAGGAAUGCUCUGUUGUGCUCGGAUCCGCAUCUGGACCAACAAACGCUCUUCGUUAUUAUCGACCGGCCUGCCAGCCUCAAAGCAUCAUACGACGUCGAUAAUCACCCCUCUAUGCCUUCGGUACCUCCCAUCAGGAUACGAGCUCCGGCAAUUGCAUCUGCUUUGUCCAACUCCAAGAAUUGCACGCACAUAUACCUCGACCCAACGACCUAUAUACCCGUCGUCAACACCUUGGGGCAGGUGGCGACGAUAACAGACCCACUUAGCCCAGUCCUAGUGCGCAAGGACCGAUCCCUGGUGUUCUGGCAGUAUGAGCAUCACUCCAUCGCGCAAGAUGUCGCAGAAACGUACCACAAGAUCAGGCACUACGCUCGCACGUAUGACUGCGACAAGGUGACGCCGCGAUCCGCGACUUCGCCAUAUACCCUCUUCAUAGGCGAAGAGUAUGCUGCCAGCUCCAACACUCGGGCUGCCCGGAGACAGCGCCGCGAUGUUACGGCACCCUUGCAGCCGCAGAGAGCAAAGUAUGCUAGCGGGACCACGCCGGUGCGCAACAUCCAGUUCGCCGGGAACAUGGCGACCGCUGUCCCAUUCACGGUCUGGGCGCCAUCAGUCGCGGUCACAGCUCAGCCUGCAAGGGAAAGGAAGCAUCAGCGCGGUCAACUAUCCAUAUCCACCACCGACGCACCUGCCGCCCCACCGCUUGCAAACAGAGAUAUGCUUCCGCUCCCGAGGCGCGUAUCUCAUGCAACCGGUUCUGGCCCGCCAAUGGUGGGGCAGAACACGGCUACGAUAAGAUACGGCAGUGGUUACUCGAGCAAAAACACCACAAGUGUGUCGAGCUCAGCAUCCACACAACACAUAACACGAUUGGACGAGGCUACUGCAGUCGACGACAUCGACGGCUAUAGCCCACGUCCCAUCAAACGCGCACGAUCAUCUGGCUCCACUGCGCCCUCUUCCGCUUCGCGCUACUCCACCUCGCUCUCGCCCACUUCUACACCUUCCACUUCGCCCCCCUCUACCCCGGCGAGCGCGCCGCACCCGGCGACGCGACGCAACAAGGGCAAACAAAGGGCCCUUCCUUACGAUGGCGACUCCGAUAGCAGUUCUUCUGGCACUUCCGCUAUCGCGGGACCACAGUUCAUUCAACCCUCAGCGGGCAUUUCUCUGGCACCUCCUGCCGAAGGAGGUGUCUGUUGCAAGGGAUGCGGACAAUCUUUUGCACGCUCUGACAGUAUCCCACGCCACUUGCGCGAGAGCACGCAUACGCGGGAGACAUCGUUGACGCGUCAUUUCAAUACCUGCCGAGUCUUGAAGGCGCAGCAGGAGGCUGCCGGUCAAACCUGA